UUUUCACCCUGAAAUUCAGCGAUUCCUUUUUCAUUUCCAACACAAAAACGUGACGCGAAUGACGUCAUCUCCAAUCUUGUUCUUCGAGCCUUUGACUCUGAUUACAAUGCCUUUGUCUCGUCGCUCCACGUUCUUACAUUUAUUCAAUUUCAAUUUCAAUCCUAUAGCAAAAUCUCCCCAAAUUGCUCUCGCUAGGGUUUACCGCAGACGCUGCAAAUUUAUUACACGUUCGUUUUCGUUGGUUGGUAAGAAUCCCCGAGUCGAAGAUUUUGAAGAGAGAUGCACGCGUGUCUUCUCCUUGAUGGACAGCUUCCCCUGUAGCAGUGAUAAGUAUACCCUCAAGAAGUGGUUUUUUAUCGACAAAACCGUCGGUUAGAUCGAAUUUCUGUCAGGUUUUGGUUGUUUGUUUGGAUUUUGAAUUUGGCCGUGAAAAUCUUGACCGAUGGAGCUCAAAUCGAACCGUACGUCCCCUGUUCUUACCGAUUCGGCUAAUACGAGGUUAGGCAUCCACUCGGGUCUGCUGCCGUACUCACACAACGGGUCUAGCUUCUCGUCGGCAAUUCUAACGAUUCCGCGGAGAAAACCUGGAAUUAUCGACGAUGUUCGGUCGACCCUAUUUGAUGCAAUGAUACUAUCAUCUCCGACUCACGAUAAACUAAUAAAAGAGUCGAGCACAGAUGCGACGACGGAUGCCGACGUCGCUUACCAUAAUUGGACGCUCGAGUAUCCGUCGGCGCUCGAUUCUUUCGAGCAAAUAGUUAUGGGUGGUAAGGGGAAGCAAAUUGCUCUGUUCUUGGAUUACGACGGGACGUUAUCGCCGAUAGUCGACAACCCCGAUCACGCUUUCUUGUCCCGUUCGAUGCGCGCUGCUGUUAGAAGCGUGGCAUCGUGUUUUCCCACUGCUAUAAUUAGCGGAAGAAGCCGCGACAAGGUGUAUGAAUUCGUAGGACUAACCGAACUUUAUUACGCCGGAAGUCAUGGGAUGGACAUCAUGGGACCGGCACGGCCAUUUUUGGGCAACUACAGACAUCGUAUGAGGGCUACAGACAAGCUGCCGGCGAAGGAAGUUAACUUAUUCCAGCCGGCGAGCGAAUUCUUACCGAUGAUCAAUGAGGUUUACAGGUCCCUCAUCGAUGUUACGAAAGAUAUAGCCGGCGCAAAAGUCGAGAACAACAAAUUCUGCGUCGCUGUACAUUAUCGUAAUGUGGAUGAAAAGAGUUGGGUAAUAGUCGGGCAAUUUGUCGAACAAAUUUUGAAAGAAUAUCCGCGCCUGAGGUUGACACAUGGUCGGAAGGUUUUGGAAGUUCGACCAGUACUCAACUGGGACAAGGGUAAAGCUGUCGAAUUCCUACUCGAAUCUCUCGGGCUAACAGUUCGCGAUAACGUUCUUCCUAUAUACGUUGGAGACGAUCGGACAGAUGAAGAUGCAUUCAAGGUUCUGCGAGAAGGCAAUCGAGGUUAUGGCAUCAUCGUUUCUAACGUCCCGAAAGAAAGCAACGCAUCGUACUCUCUCAAGGACCCUUCCGAGGUAAUGGAGUUCCUUAUGUCCCUCGUGAAAUGGAAGAACAACAAGCGCGCUUGAUGACGACGAUUCGAUUCGAGAAAGUUUGUGGUUUUCUCUUAAUUAGUAAAAUUUCGUUGCAUCAUAAGAUGGUGUCGAAGGUUAUUUUUAGAUAUUACUAUUAUUUAUUGCGGAUAUUUUCGUUAUUUAUAAGAUAAGAUUGGUGUGUAAGGUUAAGGUUAAGGUUAGGGAGCAGAGGUGCGCAAAGAAAGGCUCUUUGUUAAGAGCUUCUUGUCUUGUUCCUGUAUUUUGGUUUGGGAUGGGAUGCACCAAGGAUGGAUGCCCUAACAAAGACAACAUAUAUAUAUAUAUAUAUAUAUAUUAUAUAGUACUAUGAUCGAUUUGUAAUGAAUGGUCAAGUCUUGUUUCUUCUUGUUCUUAUUAUUAUUAUUAUCAAUUAUUAUUUGGUUGAUGGAAUUA